AAUUGUAUAGAUUUCGUCUGGUAUAGUCGCGUGCCGCCACAAAAAAACUCAAGUCAAUGCAAAUUUGUAUUAACCGCAAAAAAAGUUCACACAACAAAGUAUCUUGAGACUUGACGGGCGCAUAGGAAUACCAGUAACGUUUAUGUUCAUUCCGAGCCAGAGGAAAGCAUAACUUUGGUUAGCUGAAAAAUAUUGGUGGUAGAUGAGAACAAACUUGAGCUUUUUUACAACAGUUUCUUGUCGACAGCCGAGUGGGUUCGAUCGUUUGUUCAUCCGUAACGUUUGGUUCGAAGAGAUAAUAAGGUCGUUUAUAAUUUCGAUCUUGAAUUAACUUAACAAAGUGACUCAAAGAUACUUUUUGGGGAAUGUUAAAAGAUUAACUUUGAAAAAAAAAAAUCAGUAAAAACAAAAUUUGUAGGUGUGGCGGAACUACGUUAAUCGUUCUUAAGAAUUCGAGAACGAGUUUUUUAAUACCCAGACUAACGACGAUUAUUUUGGAGCACAAGAGCGAUGGUGAAACAAAAUGGUCACGUAAAUGAAGGUUACUAUGGAACACUUGGAUCAACUACCUCCAUUCCAGGGGAAUACAAAAAUGGCUCUACAACAGUUUCAACGAUUAGCUUAAAUAAUAGUGAAAAAGCUUCAAGUGAAGACCAUCAGCAAUCCCCCGAUCCCGAUGAAACUACCAAAUUAGGUCGUGACCAAUGGAGCAAUGAUCUAGAAUUCCUAAUGUCUUGCAUAGCACUGUCAGUGGGAUUGGGCAACGUAUGGAGAUUUCCCUUUACAGCUCUUGAAAAUGGCGGUGGAGCUUUCUUGAUUCCAUACAUCAUUGUCCUGUUCCUCGUCGGGAAACCAGUUUAUUAUAUGGAAAUGAUUCUGGGACAAUUCUCCAGUCGUGGCAGUGUUAAUGUUUUUGAUUUUUCACCAAUCAUGAGAGGAGUUGGUUAUGGUCAAGUUCUUGCCACAGGGAUAGUUACAACUUAUUAUGCAACAUUGAUGGCUUUAACGUUGCGUUAUUUGGUGGCAUCAUUCUCGACAGUUCUGCCAUGGAGUUACUGCCGUGAAGAAUGGGGAAGUGCAUGCAUCGAUUCAAAAAUUACAGGAAACGAAACUAUUUUGGAAAACGUGACAAGAGUUCCUUCAGCCCAAUUUUAUUUUACAAAUAUAGUUCUUCGUGAGAAAUCUUCAAUUCAUGAUGGAAUUGGCAAUCCCAGCUGGGAAUUAGCUUUGUGUCUGUUAGGUGCAUGGAUAAUGGUAGCAGCGAUUAUGAUUCAAGGCGUAAGGAGUUCGGGAAAAGCGUCUUAUUUUCUGGCACUUUUUCCAUAUGUUGUUAUGUUAAUUUUACUUAUUCGGGCAUUAACUCUGCCUGGAGCAUUCGAUGGAGUUCUUUAUUUUAUAAAGCCACAAUGGGAUAGACUAUUGGAUCCGAAAGUAUGGUAUGCAGCUGUGACGCAAGUUUUCUUUUCGUUGGCCAUUUGUUUUGGAAAUAUUAUCAUGUAUGCGUCGUAUAAUCGAUUUGGACAAAACGUUUAUAGAGAUGCCAACAUUGUAACAACUCUGGACACUUUCACAUCCCUUCUUUCUGGCGUGAUUAUUUUUGGAAUUCUUGGCAAUCUUGCCUACGAAAGCAACACAACCGAUAUCAAAAGUGUAGUUAAAGGAGGCACUGGUCUUGCUUUUGUAUCAUAUCCCGAUGCAAUUGCCAAAUUUAAUUUCGUACCACAGCUGUUUUCAGUAUUAUUUUUCCUCAUGUUGUUUGUCCUUGGAAUUGGCAGUAAUGUUGGAAUGGCUUCGUGUAUCAUGACGGUGUUGAAAGACAAAUUUUCAUCGACCAAGAAUUGGGUUAUUGUGAUGAUUAUAGCCGUGGUUGGUUAUUUAGUUGGAUUGAUCUACAUUACCCCUGGUGGACAGUUUCUUUUGAACUUUUUGGACUUUUAUGGAGCGUCGUUUGUGGCAUUGGUGUUGGCAAUAGUGGAACUAAUUGCUGUUGGUUGGAUAUAUGGAGUAAAGCGUUUGUGUCAAGAUAUACACUUCAUGCUCGGACUUAAAACAAGCAUUUACUAUCGCAUUUGCUGGGGUAUUGUUACACCAGCCGUAAUGGCUGCAAUUCUUGUGUACACAUUUGUGGAUUACAAGCCCUUAGAUUAUAAUGGCUAUAUCUAUCCUGAUGGACUUUACGUUUUCGGUUGGUGUGUGUCAGCAUUUGGAAUACUUCAAGUAGUAUUUUGGGGUAUCUAUGCAAUAGUUCAGCAACCAAAGGGGACUUUACUACAGAAGAUUGUAUCAGCUUUUAACCCACAAUCGGACUGGGGUCCGCUAGACAAAAGAUUAUACCAUUCCUAUAAACUUAAUCAAAAUGAUACGAGUAUCAGUGCGAGAAUGUUUAGGAGGAAUGGAUUUUGGUUUAAAAUUUAUGAUAAUAUAUUUGGAUAGAUAUAAUUUUAAAAGAUAAGUUAAAUGUAUUAUAAUCUAGCGAAAAUUUUUGUUACUAAGAAUAAGUUAGAAAAAUAUAAUCGAAAUUAAUAUUUCAUAAUUUUGGUCA